UGUUUAAAAAAUCUUGUAUAAUGUACUUUUUUGGGAUCAAAAUUCCCUAAUACAAAGAAUCUCAAGAAACCCUAAUUUUGUACCACCACCAUUCCGUCAAGUCCCUCGCCGCAUCUACCCGUAUCUCGAUUCAUUCCAACAUUCAGUUCCAAGAACAAAAUGCUCACAGAAGAGAAUUCCGAAGCAUUUGCUUCACUGGAGAAGAAACACGAAGAUGGCAGCAAGAAGAAGAAGAAAUCCAAAAAGAAGAAGAAAAACAACGAAAAUUUGGCACAACCGAACGAACACCCUCAGCCUCAGGUAUCCUCUGAACCCUUAGUAGUUACACCGAAUCCAGAAAUCAAAUCAAAUGAAGAAUCUUCAUUGCCUAAGAAAAAGAAGUCGCAUAAGAAGAAAAGCGCGAUCAAUGCUGAAGUAGCACAACCGAAUAGGGAAGAAUUGAAACCCUCAUUAGACCUAGAAGUUAAAAAAGAAUCCGAAUCAGUUGAAGUUUCUGUAGAAGGUGCAGAAACUGUAACAGGUAAGAGAAAACGAAAAAGUGGAAUAGGAAAAUUGAAUGAGGUGGUGGUUGUGGAGAAUGCACUCAUGCAUGAUCAUGAUCAGGAGCAAUUGAACACAGUAGACACUGAAGAGAAGAUAGAUAAGAAACAAAAGAGGAAGAGGAAGACGAAGAGGAACAAGAGUGAGUUAGAUGGGUCACAAUCCAAUGAGCAGAAUAUCAACCCGGCUGAAACUGUGGUUCAGACAUCUAUAAUCAACAGAGAAGUACCUCUUGUAGACCCAACAAUCCCAGGGAACACUCGUCCUGUACAUUUAUCAGAGCCGGAACAUGAGGACUUGGAUAGAGAAUGGAUGCAUAGGAAAAGAAAGCGUGAACGCAAAAGUAAAGGGGAAGAAAAAACCGAGGAGCGCAGUGGCAAGAGAAUUGAAAUCCAAAUUCAGAGACCUGUUGACCCUAUAAUAGAACCCUCAACAGACCCAGCAGUUAUAAUGGACCCUCACCCUGCAACCCCAAUAGAUGCAGAACAGAAGAUUGCAAAGAAACGUAGGAAGAAGAAAAGGACGUGUGAAACUCCAGCUCAGAAAUCAAUAGUCUCUACAACAGCGCCAUCGGCGGUCUCCAUAGACCAAGCGAUCCCAAUAGACACUGCUUGCCACACAGCUGCACCCCCAAUAGAUGCAGCAAUUCCAGAACAGAAGACCUCAGAGAAAAAGAGGGAAAAGAAAGAUGGCCUCAAAAGUAAAGCGUUAGAAUCUGAUGGACGUAAUGCUGGUUCAACUGCUGAAACCUCGGUUAAAAGAGUCAAAGUCACUGAUGCUCCCCAUUAUCAACAUGGUAGAAGUUCUAUGAUAUGUUGGGCAUGCCGGGAAACCAAUCACACAAUUCAACAAUGCCAAAAGCUUAAAUACCUCUCCAAGGAUGAGGAGAUUUGCUUCUUCUGUGGGGAAAUCGGGCACUCACUUGGAAAAUGCUCAGUGUAUAAAGCAGGUGGAGGAAGACUUGCUAGGUGCUUAUUUUGUGAUGCACAUGGGCACUUCAGUUAUAAUUGCCCUGGAAAUGGUCAUGAUCCAAAGUGGCCGGUAGAAGCUAACGCGGCGUCUGGAAUGGCUGUUAGCGAUGAAUGUAAAUUGAAGUUUUUAGAGUUAAAAGCAAAGAGAAACUAUCGUUUCAUCGUGUUUAAGAUUGAGAAUCAAGAAGUUGUGGUGGAGAAGCUCGGAGGUCCGGAAGAGACCUACGAGGACUUCAGUGCAUGUCUGCCUGAAGAUGAGUGUCGCUAUGCUGUCUUUGAUUUUGAUUUCAUCACUUCUGAAAACUGCCAGAAAAGCAAGAUUUUCUUCAUUGCAUGGUCUCCUGAGAUAUCAAAGGUUAGACAUAAGAUGGUGUAUGCUAGCACCAAGGACAGAUUCAAGAGGGAACUUGAUGGGAUUCAAGUUGAGUUGCAAGCAACAGAUCCAAGUGAAAUGAGCUUUGAUAUCGUUAAAUCACGAGCACUAUAAAAUGUUUCUCAUUCU